UGCAGGCACAGAUGCAGGGUGGUGAGGCAGUGUUCAUCCCAGGGGCACACCACACAGGGUCAGCAACACAGAUGGUGGUGGAGAGGCACCUGUGGGACGCCCAGGGGAACACCAAACACGACCUUGACAGACAGAAGAGUUUAUUGAUGAAGUGUGGAAGAAGAGGAGGAAGGAACAAUGAUAUUCGACCAGCUGCGGCAUCUGGGGGCUUCACUUGACUGGGACAGCUGGGACAUGGAUGCAGCGAGAGACUGGCCUGUGUGUCUGUCUGUACAUCCUGACGGAAGCGUUUGUCCGUCCGUACGAUGCUGGGCUGGUGUACCGCAAGGAGGCUCUCGUCAACUGGUGCUGCAGCCUUCAGUCGGCCAUCUUGGACAUUGAAGUGGACCACCUGCACCUGACAGGACCCACGGAGCUGGCAGUCCCGGGGUACAGCAAACCGGUCAGCUUCGGAAAGAUGUGGGACUUCCCUUACAGACUGGCAGACUCAGGCACACCCUUGACCUCCAUGUCCACCCAGCAGGAGGAAGAUCUGGACACCUGUUACUCCUCUGGUCCCUCCCUUUGCCUCGCUGGGCUGGCCAGGUCAGGGGAGGGGAGAGACCAUGCUCGCUUCUACGCAACGACCUUGAAGACGGGUCACGGCAUCCUCUUCUGGGUGGCUCAGGUGGUCAUGCCGGGACUCAACUUGACGGGGAGGCUUUCCUUUGAGACUGUGCUGCUGCAUGGCCUCCUGGGUGAUGGUGGCGGCCACAAGACGUCCAAGUCCUGGGGCAGUGUGAUAGACCCCCUGGAUGUCAUCAGUGGGGUGUCCCUGGAGGUGUGUGACUUGCUGGUGCUGUGUGUUCUGUACUGGUGUUCAUUGGCUGUGGUGAGCAGUACCUUGACAGCAGGUACUGUGCGAGAGGGUGGAGGGGACCCUGAAUGCGGAAGAGGUACUCGCUUGUCUCGAAUGAAGUCCCCCACAGGCAUCCCAGAGUGUGGAGCUGAUGCCCUUUGGUCCACCCUGUGCUCCACCAGCUUCAGGAGUCAGUGUGGCAUAGAUAUAUGUGGAUGACUGUGGUGUCUUGUCUUGUGUGGAGUUACAAGGUUGGUGUAUGGAUGGAACCGUCACCCCAAACAAUGAGUGGUGGAGGGUGCGUUCUGCGUUGACAGCCAGCAUGAGCGGUGACAGGAGGUGUGUGAGACGCAUGACAGCUUUAGUGACAAGUUGAUGCAGGCAGUGGUGCAAUAUUAUUCCCUCAACACUCUCAUUCACUUUGAGGGCUUGGAAACCACAGUGCCUUCAGAUUUGUGGAGAACCAUGGGUGCCUUGCCUCCUCGCACCACCACCACAAGCACCACCACUCCUGCCAUCACCUACAAGGGGGAGACUGUGAUGUGGCUGCAGGUGGAUAGGU